UUGAUCUCAUAAUUCCCGUGUGACUUUUACGUUAAUUUUUUUAGUUUUUGUGAGAAAUUAUAAAAUGUAUGCUGUCUCAAAAGGACCUAAUAAGAUUUUCGCCAAAACCCGAAGAGGCAUCUCACAAAAUUUAGAAAGACUAGACAGUCGAAAGGAUAAUAAUAGGAAGUCUUCAGAGUCUGAUAAUGGCGAAAUUAAUAACAUGCCUAAACCAGUAUUCCAUUCCAACGGCAAAAAAACUGUCCAUCAAAGAAUACAGCAUCAUGUGAUCACACCACAACACGAGGAAAUAAUUAGAUAUAUAAGUGAAACUUGGACACAAACAGCCUAUGGUGAUAGUGAACCAACAACCCCUACUAGUAAUGGAUCAGGGAGUUCUUCACCAGCACCACCCUCGAAUCUUUACUACCAGGAUGACACACCAAGCCCUGUGCUCCAUGAUUUCAAACCAUUUGACCUUGAAACGUGGUGGGGCAAGAGACUCUACCAGAACAUUACAAAUUCUCUGUGAGCCCCACACAAGAGUUGAAGAAUGGGAACGCCAGAAUUUACGGUAGCGUAAGUCACAAUCAUCUGAAGUUUACUAGAUUUUAUACUCUUUUUAUCAUGUUUAAAUUAAAAUAAAUAAGAAUUUAUUAGAAUUUUUAUACUUAAACUUAUAGUUAAAGGAAUAUAACUAAGUAAAAUAAAUAAGAGGCCUAACAUUUAAGGCCCCUUAUUUAUGUUACUUAAUUAUAUUCAUAUUUAUAAAAUCAGCUUAAUAGUAGAGCCCUUAAUGGAAUAUUUCAAACUACAAAUAUAAAGUAAUGAUUAGUUGUAUGGAAAAUUUUAAUUGUUAAAUAUGUAGUUAUAAUUCUGAAUGCUUUAAAGAACAAUAUUAAUAUUUAUUUAUUAUAUACUUCAUUAUAAUUGGGGUGCAUAGAAUAAUUGAAAUGUUAACACUCGCACAUAAAACAGAAACUCCACUUUGUGUCGUAUAGGCGUAAAAGAGAUGACUACCUAUCCAGUUAGCUAGAAUAUUUAAUAUAUUGAUGAAAUCAAAUCAAGUUUGAAUAUUCAACCACUCCACAUUUAAUUUUAUAUUCAAUGAAGUUAUUAAUAGUGUUAGUGUAAUUAUAUAAAAAUGUUGCAUAAAAUUUUCUUAGAAUGGGCAGAAUGAUACUUGAAUAAAUAAUAGAAUAGUUAAUAAAAUUUCACCAGAUUUUUUUUAUAUAUUAAUAGUAGUGUUUAAUCUCUUAACGCAUUCUAAUAGUUUUAUGCCAAAAUAUAACAUUACAUAAAUUUAUUAUAUUAGAGUUGAAUUAUUAAGUAAACAUUUUCUAGUUUUUGUUAUUUAUCUAAUGUGCAAUAAUAAAUAUUGAAACCCCAAUAUAAUUGCAUUAUACGCUGUUGUCUAAAAAAUUAUAUACUAAUUUUAUUUACUUUGUUUAUUUUACUUUUGUUAAAGGAUUAGUCAUAUUUAAAAAUUGAUAGCCAAAAAGCCAAUUUCAAUAUUCAUGUAACUGAGCCAAUUUCACUAUGAAAGAAAGUAGAAAUCAGAAAGUAAAAUAUCUAGUUUUCAUAUUAAUCUAAUUUCAUGAAAACACAGUUUGUAUCAAACUCAAACACAUUAAUAUAGUAACUUUUGCCUCGUCCUGUUAUUAUAUAACUAUCUCAACCAUACACUUUAGGUAGUUACUUUAGUUAAGAAGAACUAGCAAGAAAUUCAACUUUUUUGCAAGGUCUUUUAGUCAUUUUCAAUUUUUCUUUUAACUUCAUAGGGAAUUCUGCUCAAUUUCAUGAAUAAUAGCUUUAGGCUUCAACCGUGUAUCCUAGUUUCCAAUGUCCGGACUAAAUUCUAUUAUAUAAUGUUAUUUGUAGCAAUUCCUUCGAAUAUUCCAUGUUAGGUUAGAUUAUUACAUCACAUAUUUUAUCACAAUUCGUAAAUUAUAUAUAUUAUACUUGAUAUAGAAAUGAUGAAACUGAAGAUGUAAAAAAUAUUAGUAAUCUACAGUUGAUUGUGGAUCUCAGUAGGUACGGCAUAUCAUAAGUAAAAUUUCCAAACGCUCAACUUUCGUUUUGCAUAACAAAUAUUGCAAACCAAUAUUCUUUAAGAUUGUUGUGUUUAAUAAAAGUUUUAUAUAGAUUUUGUUAACUAUUUUGAAUCUAUUACUGCAAAGAUAUGAAACCAAAGAAUACUGAAUAAAUUCAUGCAAAUGAUUGAUUGAAAACAUCAACUUAAUGACAAUAAAUACAUUUUUAAAAUUUGAAUUACUAAAUCCUACAGUUACACACGUGUUUAUUCUAGUUGUAUUGAUGCGAGUGGAUAUAAAUUUUUAAAAUAUUGUACAAAUAUUACGUUAUGAAUAAUAAUAGCACCCGUAAAAGACAGUUUUAUGUUAUUUUAUGCAGUACUAUGUAAUGUGCAUUAUAUUUAUAGCAAUAUAUGAACUGCCUAACGGCUACGCAAUAUUAUUGGCCACUCACAAAUUUUAACUACCUAUCAUUUGAAAGAGUAUUGACGAAAAUUAUUAUAUUACGGGUACAUAAUUGUAAAAUUAAUAAAUAUUCGUGGUUCUAUCUCUUUCGUAAAGAGCUCCUUUUAUUUCGGCAAAAUAUUUCAAGAAUAUGGUUUACUAUCGCAUUUAUACUUCAGAUUUGGGAGUGUCAUAAUCUAGACCUUAGAGGCUUGCAGCAAACUCAUAAUUCCAUACAGUUUAGACGAAACAUUCGAAGUUGCGUUAAAUCUCCACUAAUAGUUGAUUAUUGUCAUAUAGUGACAAAUCUAGCUUAAAAUGCGAUUUUGAAAAAAUAAUACAUAAUGUUAUAUUAUAAACAUUUUGUUUCAUGGAACCAAUAAAUUUUAUGAACUGUUUCGAUUAACUAAUUUUAAGUUUAAUUAUUACCAUUGAGUUAUAACUAUCCAUAUAUGUAUAUCAUUACAAAAAAAUCAACUGAAUUUUAUUCUGUACUACUUUUAUUUAUUGUGCUAAAACAUUUAUGAUUGUUAUUAAAUCAGUAUUCAUGUGAAUGUUCAUGAUAACUUUUACAAUUUAUAAUGAAAUUGUUAUGAAUGUUGUUGAUAUCAUGUUAUAUCAUAUAUUGAUUUUAUUCGUUUUUAUACAAAAUAGCUUCGAGCUUGAAGCUAAAUAAUGUCUUCCAGAAAUAAUCACAUUAUCAUGUCAUCGUAAAUCUUUGGAAUAUUGGUUUUGUUUCCUUUUACACAAAAAUAUAUUGUAUAUUCUAGUGCUCAUAUUUUAUUUACAAUUACUGUGUUUUGUAUUUAUUUUGUACACUU